AUAUACAGUGCUUAUAUAUUCUUCUAAAAAUCUUCGUUUGUGUUCAUCAGAAGCUAGAAAUUCAUACACGUCAGGAAUGACAUGAGGGUGAGUAAAUGAUGAGAGAAUUUUCAUUUUUGGGUGAACUGUCCCCUUUAAGUGUAUAGCUGUUUACACUGAACGUGUCCUAGAGCUAAAACAUAAUAAUCUAGAUGCAAGCGCUACGAGCGCAGCUGUUUCGAAACGCGUUUUAAAAGUUGAAGUUCUUUUUAAUUUGACACGGCGCUCCUGCAUGACACGUAGUUUAAAAAACAAAACAAAAAUCAGCGAAACACGUUGCAACGGUCAAAGGUGGACAGACGCAAGAACGCGUUCGGCUUGAACGGUCCCUAAAUGUGACUGGAUGGACUGCGCACACAACGGAAGUAGUCUUACAAAAGUAAAGUCUCCUCUGGAGGAGGCGCUCAGUCCUCUUGGCGACAGAGGAAGACGCUUAAGGAAUAACUGACGUCUUGAACAACUGGAGAAGUGAACGAACAAGGUUUGGUGCAGAAGCAGAAAUGUCAUGUCUAAAUCGUUUUUAGAUUACUGUAUGGAAUUGAUAUUUAUCAUAAUAUCAUUUGCUUGAUUUCUGUUUUGAAUGUCCAAGUCCCAAGGACGAAACUGCUGUCGUUGAAUUAUUGACAGCAGCACGGUAUUUAAAGGCUGACGGAGCGCAACUGCAAUAGAUGUGGCUUAACACGGCAUAACAUAAUCUCUUACUGUACGUGUUACUGAUUUACGCCUUUAGCAGAACACCUGUGGUAAAUGUGUUUUUGAAAUCCUGGUAUGUGGAGAAGACCGGCAGGAAGUGGAGCUUCAGUUUCAAUCAGAUUAGUAAACUCAUCUUUUCAUGAUAAGGACAUAAUGUCUCGCAAGCUGCACGCGAGAAGGAUUGAAGGAAUUGACAAAAAUAUAUGGGUGGAAUUCACUCAGCUGGCUGCUGACUACAAGGCUGUGAACUUGGGUCAGGGAUUCCCUGAUUUCUCCCCACCUAGUUUCAUUAAGGAGGCCUUCUGCAAAGCAGUGAAUGGAGGGGUCCCUAUGCACCAGUACACACGUGCUUUUGGCCACCCACCUCUUGUGAAGAUCCUGGCCAAGUUCUUCAGUAGGAUUAUUGGUGUGGAAAUAAAUCCACUGGAGGAUAUCCUGGUGACAGUAGGAGCCUAUCAAGCUCUUUUCUGCACCUUCCAAGCCCUUGUUGAUGAGGGCGAUGAGGUGAUUAUUGUGGAACCUUUCUUUGACUGUUAUCAGCCAAUGGUAAAGAUGGCAGGAGGAACAGCUAUCUAUGUGCCUCUCAAACCUAGAGACGGUAGUGGUCCAGCUUUAUCCAGUGCUGAAUGGGUAUUGUCUCCAGAAGAGUUGGCGUGUAAAUUUAGUUCUCGUACCAAAGCAAUUGUCAUUAACACUCCUAAUAACCCUCUUGGCAAGGUCUAUCAGAGGGAGGAACUUCAGGUGAUCGCCGACUUAUGCAUUAAGCAUGAUGUAAUUUGCAUCAGCGAUGAGGUUUACGAGUGGCUCACAUAUGAUGGAACAAAACAUGUGAAGAUCGCCAGCUUUCCAGGUAUGUGGGAACGAACUGUCACCAUUGGUAGUGCUGGCAAGACUUUCAGUGCCACAGGAUGGAAGGUGGGUUGGGCGAUGGGAUCGGGGCAUAUCCUGAAACACCUAAAAACUGUUCAUCAGAACUCUGUGUAUCACUGUGCCACUGCUGCCCAGGAGGCUGUAGCAGCAGGUUUUCAGAGGGAAUAUGAUGUAUUUGGAACAGAGGACAGCUAUUUCCACCAGUUACCCACCCAUCUUCAUGACAAGCGGCACAGGCUGGCAGAAUGUCUGAAGAGUGUUGGCCUGAAACCUAUACUGCCCCAGGGAGGAUACUUUAUGAUUGCAGAUAUCUCAAAUCUUAAGGUUGACCUUACUGACCCUAGUACUAAAGAUGAGCUCUAUGACUACAGAUUUGUUAAAUGGCUCAUAAAAGAGAAGGGACUGGCCACUAUUCCGGUGUCUGCAUUCUACAGCUCAGAACACAGUGCAGACUUUCAGAAAUACAUCAGAUUCUGCUUUGUCAAGGAGGACUCAACCCUGAAAGCAGCAGAGGAAAUCCUGAGACAAUGGAGUGACAAAAAAUAAAAAUUCAAAAUCUUGACAGUAUAGGCUGUCUGUUUGCACAGACAAUCGAAAUGUAAUGAAUGUAAUGUUUGCUUUUAGACUUAGCUAAUCAGAAAUGAGUCAUGUUUUCAAGCAGUUCAGGACACAGGACGAGUUUUAAGCAAUGCUCAAAUUGAAUCAAGUCUUAUGGGGGGUCCCCACCAUAAAAAGAGUUUGAGUUAAAGGUGAAGUUGCUAACCUCAGAGGAAACAGAAGAUGGUGAAGGGGGCAGGGCUUCUCUGAAGGCGCAGAGAAAAACAGACACAAAAGUGACAAGUAAAUGAAUAAAUACAUAAUGAUAACAUAACUUUUUUUUUUUUUUGUAAACAAGCAUCAACAUUAACUUUGAGCAACAGAUUCUUCUGCAACUUCCCAGUUUUUGAGUUCCACAAUAUCUAAAAAAUAAUGAAAAAAAUAAAAUAAAAAAAUUAUAAAAAUCUCA